UGUACGUGAAGGCAGCAUAAAUCACAAAAGGGAGAUCGCUCGUGCCCGUACCUCACCGGUCUCUUCUGAGAACUGGACGGUAUUAUGAGCUGAAGAAAUCCUGCAGUGUUAUGAUGAUGUGUGAGCAGUUAAAAGGCGAGACAUGUGCGGCAGAUAGGCUGCGUCUCGUGUCGCCUAAAAGCAGCCGGCGCCGGACAUUUUUUACAAAGUCUGAGACCAGAAGAAGGAGACGCAGCAUGUUUGAAGCUUCAGGGAUCCCUCUCAUCCUGCUGGACGUUACCUGUCUCAUCCUCGUCGGACUUCCAUUUUUCAUCCUUACCCCUCAACACAACCCUUUCAAACGGGGUUUCUUCUGUAAUGAUGAGUCUAUCAGAUACCCCCUCAAAGAGGACACCAUAUCCUACCAGCUGCUGGGAGGAGUCAUUAUCCCCUUCACGUUGAUCGUGAUCGUCUGUGGCGAGUGCCUUUCUGUUUACUUGUCUCGCAUCAAGAACCAGUCUGUGGGGACCAGAUAUGUGGCGUGUGUCUACAAAGCUGUGGGGAGCUACGUGUUCGGGGCUGCUGCUAGCCAGUCUCUGACAGACAUAGCCAAAUACUCCAUCGGUCGUCUGCGGCCAAACUUCCUGGCUGUAUGUAAACCAGACUGGGAUCGCAUCAACUGCAAAGCUGGCGGAUACGUUGAGAACUUCACCUGCACUGGAGACAAGUUUCUGGUAGAUGAGGCCAGACUGUCUUUCUACUCUGGCCAUUCAUCCUUCUCUAUGUACUGCAUGCUGUUCCUUGUACUGUACAUACAAGCCAGACUGAAGUCAGAGUGGGCGAGGCUACUGCGUCCCACCAUCCAAUUCUUCCUGAUUGCAACUGCGGUGUAUGUGGGUCUGUCCCGGGUGUCUGACUACAAACAUCACUGGAGUGAUGUGCUUGCUGGCCUCCUGCAAGGGGGUUUAGUGGCUACUCUCACCGUUUUCUGUGUGGCCAAUUUCUUUGAACAGCCAGUGGACCCCGUGGUGUCACAGGAGGAAGAAGCCUCACACACCAGUUUACAGGAAAACCCUUCCAAUGGGAACCACUAUGGCAGCACUGACUGAAUCUGAGGCCUCAAAGACAAUACUGUAAAUGGUCACGGAGGACCUAAAACACAUCACUGAACUGUACAUCUUUGAUAUUAUCUGCUGGCUGUUUCUGUGCAUUUCUACAACACAGUUUGCCUAAUGGAGCCAAUGCUGCAGCCUGCAGGCUUUGGUGUGGUUGGUAAACUUUAAAUACAGGAAGAAAAGUGCACUGCAAAAGACAGUACUUGCACUUUACUGAGAUAUAAAGAAGCAGAAGUUUCUUCUGAGUUUUUGGUAAGUCAAACAUAAUACUAUAUAAUUACAAAGCAAAAUAUCAUGUUUGGUUUACCUUAGAAAAAACUUGUGAGCUUGUUGGAAAUGUGGUUUCUAGUGUAUUUUGCUCUGGUGUUGCCAUCGUGAAUGAAUGGAAUUCCCUUUGCCCGUAAUAUAAUGAGCGUCUGUGUGCGCACUGUAAGCAGGCUUGUUGAGAGCCUGGCACCUGUGAUUAAGAAAACCUGGACUGUCCUGUCUUGGAGACUGAACGCAGAAAUAAUAUAUUUGAUGUUGAUUUUUUUGCCUUAGUCAGAUUGCUGCUGCCUGCUGUUAUAUCCCUUCCCUGAUGUAUGACAAAUUCAAUGUAUUGACUUUCUUUUUCUUUUUUUACAGUUUGUAUAAAGAUCUUUACACUGUGCCGUAUUAGGGCCCUUAUAGGUAAAACUAUAAUAAAAAUAUGGAGCUUGGGGAGGGAGUAAUAUUCCCAGAAGAAAUCUGAAUUUCUAAGAUUAAAGUUGUACAUUUACGGUGUAAAAACACCGGAUAUUCUCUGAGAAUAAAGUGGUUCAUUUAAAAAAAGUGUUUUAUUUUUCAGUGAUUAAUAACACAAGACAAGUGUCAGUGCAGACACAAGAAAAGUGGUGGAGCUUUCACACGGUGAGGCAGAUAUGAGAUUACAACAGAGCCAUUUGAAAGCAUGUGCCGUUGUCAUAAAUGUCUGCAGUUCUUCCCAAAGUUUUGAUGCUUUUGGUUUUUGAACAGAAGAAAGUUUCUCGUAAUACUGGAUAUUGAAAGAAGCUUAGAUGUGACUGCUGUUGUUAUUGACAUCAGCAUAGCCUGCUUUUAAUAGGGUAGGCUACAUAGACUUUAAUAACACAAGCACAUAAAAAAAGGUUUUCUCAUAAAUUUGUGAGUUUUUUUCCCAUGUACAUUUACUACUUUAAUCCCAGAGAAUAUCCACAUUUUGUUCUCAGAAAUGAAUGUAUGAAUAUUACAGUCCUCCCAUAGCUCCUUAAAAUAAAUCUUACCUAUACAAUGGCCUAAUAUGUCGUUGUAUCUUUGUUCUUUUGUUUUAUCCACAGAAAAGCUUUGAACAGUAUUGUUAAUAGCAGUACUCAGAGAAAAUGGAUGACAAAUAAAGAGAGCUCAAUUUUG